GAGCCCAACUCAUCAGCGGCUGAUGCAGGAGCAGGAGGGGUUUGGAGUUAACUGCAUGCAGGAAAUCUCUCACAUCCUGAGUCCCGGCUCGCUCCUCUCUGUAACUGUAUAUGAUGGUGCUGCUCUCCAGCCCCAGCUGAUGAAAGUUUGUCUCCCUCAGUCCGGGCUACGAUGUCAAAGCGUCUCCGUGCGGAGCGGCAGCGCUCCCCUGCUCCGCGCCCCCCGGCGCAGCUCUCCGUGCUGCUGCUGAGCCUCAGCGCGCUGCUCCUAGCAUCACCCCGAGCGCAAGGUCAGAAUGUGGACCGCAAGUUGGAGUCCUUGAGACAGCAGAUGCUGAAGGACCAGUCAAAAGAUUAUGAGAUAACAGUUCCCUUCCUUUUGAAUGGAGAACAGUGGAGACCAACAAACAGCAUUUAUUCCAAGAACCACCCGUCCCUGCUGCAGUUGGUGUUACAAGCUGGAGGGGAACGUCUGGUCAUCCACCUGGAGAGGAAUGAGGGCCUGUUAGCCAGCAGCUUCACAGAAACACAUUAUUUGAAGGAUGGCACUGAUGUGGUUCUCUCGCGCAAUUACACGGGUCACUGCUAUUACCACGGCUACGUACGAGGGUACCCCAAUUCGUCAGUCAGUCUCAGUACCUGCUCUGGACUCAGGGGAAUUAUUGUGUUUGAAAACAAAAGCUACAUUCUGGAGCCGUUAGAAGGGGCUGCAAGUGAACACAAGAUCUACCGAGCAGAGAACUUGAAAAUAGUUCCAGGGUCUUGUGGCCACCAGUUGGACGUCUCUGCCAUGACGGCUGCUGACACAUCACACCACUCUCAAGCCGGCAGGUACAAGAGGGAGACUCUGAAGACGACAAAGUAUGUGGAGCUUGUCAUUGUGGCGGAUAAUCGUGAGUUUCAGAGACAAGGCAAAGAUGUGGAAAAAAUUAAGCAGAGGCUGAUAGAGAUCGCAAACUAUGUCGAUAAGUUCUAUAGGCCGCUAAACAUUCGAGUAGCCCUGGUCGGGGUGGAAGUGUGGAACGACAUGGAUAAGUGCUCUAUUUCUCAAGACCCUUUCACCAGCCUCCAUGAGUUUCUGGACUGGAGAAAGCUAAAACUACUACCUCGUAAACCCCAUGACAAUGCACAGCUAAUAAGCGGGGUGUACUUCCAGGGGACAACCAUUGGCAUGGCUCCCAUCAUGAGCAUGUGCACUGCAGAGCAGUCUGGAGGGGUCGUCAUGGAUCAUUCAGAAAACCCUCUAGGUGCAGCAGUUACCCUGGCUCAUGAGCUGGGCCACAAUUUUGGGAUGAAUCACGAUACGCUGGAGAGGGGCUGCAACUGCAAAGCAUCUACUGACAAAGGGGGUUGCAUCAUGAAUCCUUCCACGGGCUAUCCGUUUCCCAUGGUGUUCAGCAGCUGCAGUAGAAAGGACCUGGAAAACAGCCUGGAGAAAGGUGUGGGGAUGUGUCUGUUUAACUUGCCCGAAGUCAAGGAGUCCUUUGGUGGACAGAAGUGUGGGAAUGGCUACGUGGAAGAUGGAGAGGAGUGCGACUGUGGGGAGCCCGAUGAAUGUACCAACCGGUGCUGCAAUGCCACUACAUGCACUUUGAGGCCAGGAGCAGUGUGUGCACAUGGCCUUUGCUGCGAAGACUGCAAGUUAAAACCAGCAGGGAUUUCUUGCAGAGAGUCGAGCAAUUCCUGCGACCUGCCAGAGUUCUGCACCGGAGCCAGCCCUCACUGCCCAGCUAACGUGUACCUGCACGACGGGCACGCAUGCCACGGGGUGGAUGGCUACUGCUACAACGGCAUCUGCCAGACCCACGAGCAGCAGUGCAUCACCCUCUGGGGCCAGGGUGCCAAGCCUGCUCCUGGGAUCUGCUUUGAGAGAGUCAAUUCUGCGGGCGAUCCAUACGGCAACUGUGGCAAAGACUCCAAGAGCUCCUUCGCCAAGUGUGAGCCCAGAGACGCUAAGUGUGGAAAAAUUCAGUGUCAAGGAGGAGCCAAUCGGCCUGUAAUUGGUACCAAUGCUGUUUCCAUAGAAACCAAUAUCCCACUGCAGGAAGGUGGCAAGAUCCUGUGUCGUGGCACCCACGUGUAUUUGGGGGAUGACAUGCCAGACCCUGGUCUUGUGCUGUCAGGAACCAAGUGUGAAGAUGGAAAAAUUUGCCUUAAUCGCCGGUGCCAGAAUACAAGUGUUUUUGGUGUGCAUAAAUGCGCAACGAAGUGCCAUGGACGUGGAGUUUGCAACAACAAAAAGAACUGUCACUGCGAGGCUGACUGGGCUCCCCCGUACUGUGACAAGCCGGGCUUUGGUGGCAGCGUGGACAGCGGGCCCAUCAGGCAGGCAGAUAAUAAGAGUUUAACCGUAGGAGUGUUGAUCACCAUUCUGUGCCUUACCUUUGCUGGGUCAGUCAUGUAUCUGAAAAGGAAGACUCUUAUGAGAUUGCUCUUUACAAGUAAGAAGACAACAAUAGAGAAAUUAAGGUCUGUGAGCCCAGCGAGAUCUUCUAGAUCAUCUAAGCCCCAUCAUGUUCGUACCACAUCUCUCAGUAAAAAUCUCAUCAUGAAGCCACAAAAUACAAACAUGCAAAAAAGAGAUGGCCCAAGGCGCCCACUGCCCUAUCAGAUUGUUGACAUCAGUGACCCGGUGAAGACACACCAUGUGCCACAGCUGAAGACCCCGCAGCGCGUCCUGCCGCCCCUUCCCCAGCCGCCCUGCCACCAAGCUGGGCCUGAAAGGCCCCUGCCUGCCAACCCCACGCUCAGGCUCUCCCAGGAACACCACAAGCCAAACCCUCCUCGGAAGCCUCUACCAGCAGAUCCCCUAAACAAAGCUCGUUAUAACAGUGCGUGCACCCCAGCGCUCGGACACACAAAAGCGCUGCCUCACAUUGCUCCUGUAAGACCUGCUCCUAAGCAUCCACCGCCGGUACCCAGGUCCAGCAAUGCUGCUGCUGAUGUGAAAUGAUGAGGAAAUCAGACACCUUUAUUUUAAAAAGUGAAGACAGAAGUUUGCACUAUCUUUCAACUCCAGCUGGAG